AUGUCUUCGCUUUCAGAAUACGCUUUGCGCAUGGGUCGGCUGAGUGCCCGGCUGUUUGGAGAAGUUGCCAGGCCUACCGACUCCAAGUCCAUGAAAGUCGUGAAGCUGUUCAGUGAGCAGCCCCUGGCCAAGAGGAAAGAGACCUAUGACUGGUACCCAAAUCACAACACGUACUUUGCGCUCAUGGGGACGCUGCGUUAUCUUGGUCUCUACAGAGACGAGCAUCAGGAUUUUAAGGACGAGCAGUUGCGUCUAAAGAAGCUCCGUGGAAAGGGGAAACCGAGGAAGGGAGAAGGCAAACGAGCGGCCAAGAGGAAGUAG